CCCUUCUCACCUCCUACAAGUCACCCAGCGGACGAAGUCAAUGGGUUGAUACUCGGAUUCCUCCGAGCUUUUGGACUAGUCGAGUUUUUGUUCACUUUUGUUUCUUAGAUAUUUGAUACAAAAUCUUUUCUUCCUAUUAGUUUCGCGUAUUAUUGGAGCUUUGGGUUUGUAGCGAAGGAAAGAAAUGGAAAAUAUGGUCUUGGGUGCUCCUUUUGGAAGAGUAUUUUCGGAAUUGUAUGAGACAGUGAAGGAUGUGGUGAUCAAAAACCUUGAGUUCGAUGCUAUUCUCGAUCGCCUCAAAUUCACGCUAGAUUUAUUAGAGCCUUUGAUCAAAGACAUACAAAGGGCAAAUAGAGAAUUGGAUCGCCCAGAAGAGGAAAUUCCGAGAGGCUUGAUUGAAAAGAUGAAGAAAGGCGCUUCUCAAGUUAAGGAGUACUCGAAGCUCCCGCGGUGGAAAUUCAUCUCGAGAUUCAUGUACGCGAACGAACUUUGCAAGUUGGAAAAGGACCUCAUUAGGUUCUUUCAGCUUGAGGCGCAAGCAAUGAAUUGGAGAAAUGUGUUGCAGAUUUUGUUGGGGAUGAAAAUCAAUCGUGGUUGGUCCUCCUGCACGGUUCCUGGACACCAAGAGGACUUCAUCGUUGGGUUCGAGUUGCCUUUGAAGGAGUUGAAAAUGCAUCUGCUCAAGGAGGAGCUGAAUAUGCUUGUGUUGACUGGUCCCCCAGGAUGCGGGAAGAGCACUUUGGUGAAAAUGCUACAUCACGAUAAGCAAAUUAAAGGCAUAUAUAAGGACAUUUGUUUUGUCCCCAUUUCAAGGAAUCCAAACCUGCAGGUUAUUGUAGAAAAACUAUUCCGUCAUAAGGCCAUGAAUCAAGUGCCUGAGUUUGUAAGUGAUGAAGAUGCAAUCGACCAGCUAGAGCAACUGCUGAAUCAGAUUAAUGAUCAUGUACUGUUGAUCCUGGAUGAUGCCUGGUCUGGAUCAGAAUCCCUUCUUGAGAAGUUUAUUAAGAUUUCAAAGAUGUCAAAUUGCAAGAUUCUAUUGACUUCGAGAACUGCUUUUAAAAGAUUUGACUUUACCUACGAAUUGAAAAAAUUAAGUCCUGAAGAUGCAAUGAAACUUUUUUUACACUCAGCAAACUUGAUAGAGAACAGUUCUCAAAUUCCAGAGAAAGUUAUCAAAAAGAUUGUGACAAGCUGUGGGGGGUUCCCACUGGCACUUGAAGUGGUCGGGAGAUCACUCCGAGGGCGGUCUGCUUCAGUCUGGCUCAGUAGAGAGACGAAAUGGUCUAGUGAUCCUAUUGUCGAUUCUGAAGAGGAACGUUUGUUUGAUUGUCUCGGGCAAAGCUUAGAUUUCAAAGACAAUGAGAUCAUCAUCCAGAAAUGUUUCAUGGACCUUGGAUUGUUUCCUGAGGACCAAAAGAUCCCCGUUGCAGCCCUGAUUGAUAUGUGGUCAGAAUUAUACGAUCUAGGUCCAGAUGUCCGUGCCAUCAAAACACUAGAUGACAUCGCCAUCCGGAAUCUGGUUAGUCUUUUGGCCAUAAGAAAAGAUGCAAGCGAGGUUGGUCGCUACUGCAGUGAAGACUUCGUUCUACAACAUGAUGUUCUUAGAGAGCUAGCUAUCCGUCAGAGUAGGCAGAAGCCAAUAGAACAGAGAGAAAGACUGAUUGAAGACAUUACUGAAAACAAUCUUCCCAAGUGGUGGGUAGAACAGGGGCAGCAAUUACAACUCAGCGCCCAAUCCCUUUCUAUCUCAACUGAUGAGAAGUUCUUAUCAAUGUGGAGUGAAAUACUACCGCUUAAAGUCGAGGUUCUAGUUUUGAAUUUUCGGACAAAGAACUACACCUUACCCGAGUUUGUGGCCAAAAUGGAUGGACUGAAGGUUCUAAUUGUCACAAAUUAUGGAUUCUCCUCAGCUGAAUUAGGUAAUUUUCAGCUACUUGGGUCUGUACCCAAUCUGAAGAGAAUCAGAUUGGAGAAGGUUUCGAUUCCCUCCCUUUGCAAAACCCCAGUAGAAUUGAAGAGUUUGAAGAAAAUAUCCCUGUUUAUGUGUCAUAUUGGUCAGGCUUUCGAGAAUUGCAGUAUCCAGACUUCAGAUGCGAUGCCAAAUUUAACGGAGAUAAACAUUGACUAUUGCAAUGAUCUGGUGGAAUUGCCUGUUGGGCUCUGUGAUAUUGUCACCCUCCAAAAAUUCAGCGUCAGCAACUGUCACAAGUUGUCUGCACUGCCAGAAGGGAUUGGAAAGCUGGUGAAAUUGGAAGUGCUAAUGCUCCGGUCAUGUACUGCUUUGUCGGAGUUGCCACAAUCAAUCAGAAGCCUCCAUAACUUAUACCUUCUUGACAUAUCCGACUGCCUAAGCAUUAUCAAGUUGCCCGUACAAAUUGGCGAGUUGCGUAAUUUGAAAGAGUUUCACAUGAAAGGGUGCUUGAGAUUGCACAAUAGGCCGUUGCCACCAUCAAUUAUGGAUCUUGAGGAGCUGGAGCUUGUGACAUGUGACGAAAUUAUCAAGGCCAAGUUUUGGGAGCCUAUCAAGAAGGAAUUUCUUACCAAUCUAGAGAUAAAGGUGCCUGAAAAAGAUAUCAACUUGAAUUUUCUUCUCUGAGAAUCGUUUCGUCUGGGAUACUGUAGAGCACUUGUAGAUGGAUUGAAGUUGUGACGGCAAUUGGGUUUGAGUAAUAUUUUAGUGGAAUCGGAUUCAGGUGUUGUGUUGGAUGGUUCUUGUCGGGAGUUUGCAGAUUUUGGUAUUUAUGGGAGUUUUGGAAGGAAGCUUAGGAGCUCAUCUACUCGCAUAAUGCUCAGGUUCGUUAUGUCUUUCGAGAAGAGAAUAUGGUCGCAGAUUUUUUGGCAAAAGAAGGUUAUGGGGGGUUUCUUUGGAUUUUAUUGGGGAUUGUUAG